UCAGCUGAGAGGCGGGGAGAGAAGAGCUCUGCAGUUUGCAGGCUGCUCCGAUAUAGGCCUCGCCGAUCCUAGGCCGGAGCUGGAGGCCCCGGGGGCCCUGGGGCUGGGCAGCUCCUCUGGUUCCCUGUCAUUGAGGUUCAGAACUUCAAAGUGGUUCCUGAUGUUCUCCUUGAAAAUGACAUCGAGUCCUUCCCAAGGACCUGGGACCCUCGUGAGGCACUACCUUGGCCUGGUUGUGGGGCUUGCGUGCUCUGAGGAAGGUGAGAGCUAUGCCAGAGGUCCAACCUUACUGGACAGGUCUUACCAGAGGAGCCAGACAAAGAGUGCCUCUCCCAUCAACAAUACGGUGAGACGUAACUUUAAUAAAUCUAUACCGGAUCGGUCGCCACCCGGGUCAACAAGGACCGCGCCAGGUGCUGGAGUCCCUGGACAUCUGGUGGCAAGUGGGCAACAGGACUCAGGAUCUUCAGUUGAGCAACCAGGGCUGGAGACUGCAAGGUUACUGGAAGAAACGUUGCUUAACCGGAAAAAAUAUAUGAAAAAUGCCAAGAAGGAAAUAAUGAUCGGCUAUUACAAGUCUAGUCCAACUAGAAGAGGUUAUUUAAAAAGAAUGCACCAAAUUUGGAAAGAGAAGCAUCCAGAUACAGAAAUAACAGAACAAAGGCUAGCAGACCAGAGAAGAUUCAUAAUAAGAAAUAAAGGCAGAUUUAGGGGCCAGUUGUGGCAGAAGCAUGCAGAUAUCUACAUCCGUCAUCCACACAGGCAGCACCACCCUCCGUUGAAAUCAGCACAGAACAUGCUUCAAACAGCCGUUAUUGUGCCAGCCACACAUGCAACAUUUCAUAAAGUAGCACUUAAAGAUUCUUAUCCAUAAUAAUACAUUUAAAAAUUAUUUCUAAAGCAUUUUCCUUUUUUCAGAAUUAUUAAAAUGUCAUCCUUU